UGGAUGACGCGCUCAGGGCUCUUCUUGAGGUCACUAAAACGUUUACGGGACGGGGAGGGGAAGAGGAAAUCUUUCCUCUGCUCUGUCGCUAGUGACCUGGCUCUAAUCGACAUAAAUCAAAAAUUAGUUUAUCGGCACUGACGUGUGCUCAUUGCACGUUUCCUGUCAGGCCAUUUUAUGAACUGCACGCAGAAUGAUGUUUGCCAUUAAUAAAUUACAUUUGACAACAUAUAUCCUAAUGAUUUAGCAGCUUUGUCGACGGCGGGCAUGAAUGAACCAGAAGCAAAGGAUAUAACCAGAAUAAAAUCCCUCCUCUUUUUCUCGUACUCUAUAGAAAAUGGGUGUUCCUCUCUCACGCAUCCCUCACGUUUCUACCCCCACCUCACCUUCUUUGUAAAGAAAAAAUAGGAGCUACGCGAGGAGGAGGAGGAGGAGGGUGAGUGGGGUGUGAAAAAAAUAAGGUGAAUUAUACAACACCCCAGCUAUCUGAAGCUCCCUCCUUCCCGUCCCCUCCUCUAUGCAUUAAACUACAACAGCUGGUGGCGGCGCUCUGUAGCCUUCACCGGGAGCACCGCCGGUUCCAGUCCGCAGGCAUGUCGGCCGGGGGCUCCGACGGCACGGCGGACAAACCGGCAGAUCAAGCUGCAGAGGAGGAGGAGGGGCCAAGCCAAACAGGAUCCGCGAUGCCAUCUGUUGAGCUGCCAAGGAAACGGAAAGGAGAGUUGGAGGAGAGGUCAGAAACCCAUGUACAACAGAGCCUCAACUUCAACUUGGAGGAUGACCUCAGCAGAUCUGGGGGAGAGGAUCAGCAAGUCAAAAUGAAAUGUUUCAGGGAGCCUCAUCGGCAGAUUGAAAAGCGGCGGAGGGACAAAAUGAACAACCUCAUUGACGAGCUUUCCUCCAUGAUUCCUGCCUGCCAGCCCAUGGCACGAAAACUGGACAAGCUCACUGUGCUACGAAAAGCUGUACAACACCUGAAAGCCCUCAAAGCUGGGGCAAGCGGCGCCUUUGCAGACACCAAGCACAAGCCUUGCAUCCUGCCUCAUGACGACCUUAGGCACCUUCUGCUUAGGGCUACAGAUGGCUUCCUGUUAGUUGUCAGGUGUGACCGGGCGAAAAUCCUGUUCAUCUCCGAGUCUGUCUCCAAGAUCCUUAACUUCAGCAAGUUGGAGCUAACUGGGCAGAGCUUGUUCGAUUUCAUCCACCCAAAAGAUAUCCACAAGGUGAAGGAACAGCUUUCAUCCUCAGAGAUGCUCCCCCAGCAACGCCUCGUCGACGCAUCAACAGGGGAUCAGGUCCAGGUGGAACCCCCUGUCAGGCCAUCCCACUUGGCCACUGGAGAUCGCCGAUCCUUCUUCUGCCGUAUGAAGCACAGUCGGGUCGCAGGGAAGCACGAAGUCAAGCACUCGCUGCCCAGCGUUUCUAAGAAGAAAGAAACAUACAGAUACUGUACCCUCCACUGCACCGGUUACAUGCGGACUUGGCCGAGCAGCCAGUUGGACCCUGAGGGUGACGACGCAGAUAAGGAGACCUCCAGCCUGACCUGCCUAGUGACGGUGUGCCGACUCCACCCACACGUUUCCCACCAGCCCCCAAAAGACGUCAACGUCAAAGCCACCGAGUUCGUAACUCGCUGUGCAAUCGACGGCAACUUCACUUUUGUAGAUCAACAAGCCACGACAGUUAUUGGUUAUUUGCCACAGGAAGUUCUUGGCACCUCCUGUUACGAGUACUUCCACCAGGAUGACCUGCAGCAUCUGGCAGGGAAGCACAGGCAAGUUCUUCGAAGCAAAGAGAAGAUUGAGACACAAUGCUACAAGUUCAAAACAAAACAUGGCUCCUAUGUAACGCUCCAAAGCAAGUGGUUUAGUUUCACAAAUCCAUGGACCAAAGAAGUCGAGUUUAUCGUCUCUUCGAACAGGGUUAUCUCGGGGCCUGGUCACACAAAAGAUGAGAGCGAGGCCGUCAGCUCGAAAUCGGCUCAGGAAGACGCAAAGCAAAUCCCAGAAAUUCCCGGCCUCUCCACUGGUGUGGGUACGAUGAUCUACUCAGGCAGCAUAGGGACCCAAAUCGCAAACGAGUUAGUUGACACCUACAGGGCAAACUCAUCCCCAUCAAGUGGAGCUUCAAGUCCUUUUGGCUCUGUCCAGGAAAAAUGUCCACAGACCAGCAGGAGUACUUCCAGCAGAGAGGAGGAAGCAGGCAGCUCUUCACACUCCCAGUCCCAGGCUGAUUCCAGUAGAGAAGUAGCUGGAAGCAGCGCAGCGCCUGAUGGUCAAGAAAAAAAACAGAUUUCAGACGUCCGACUUGGUGGCUUGUAGACCAGCAAUAAAGCGCAUGUGGAGGCUGACAUUGCUGUGUCCUUUCUGCAAGCAGAUUAUGGUGGGAAUAAUGUAAGUAGUUCAGAGUUCUAACUACACUUAGUGCAGCAUUAAAUCUUAAUUACAGCAUAUGCCACUGUAAAUAGUCUUGACACUAGCAGUGGUGAACACACAGGCACCACAUGACAUGAUUGCUGUUGCUGUUUACCAUUUAAUUGAGUCCUAUGCAAUUUAUUCAUUUAUUACUGGAAGCCAAUUUAAUGCUAUCCCCAUUAAUUGAUUGACUAAGCAGUUUCUUUUUCAAAGACUCUGGUCCGGAGAUGACAACUUCUGUCUUGUCUGAAUUUAGAAGCAGAAAAUGUAGUCAUCCAUGUUUUUAUGUCUUCAAGACUUGCCUGUAGUCUAACUGGUUGGACUCAUCAGGAUUUGAUUAUCCAACCAUUUCCAUUUCCUACCCCGGGAGGUUACAUAGCAAGCAACCAGAACUACAUAUCUUUGUGAUGGUAAGGGGUGAAAUGACCAACACCAAGCCAAUAAUUGUCGAGGAUGCUUUCCAAGUAAACAAGGCAGUACUCAGCACCAAUAAAUUGAGAUGAAAACAAAGCUCUAAUAAUUGCUACCAGUAUAUUAUAUGAAAGUUUGUAAAGUUCUUUCCUGUUUGGUAUCACCCAGGUGAGCCGCCCCAGCUGGACUUGGAUGUCCUGGGGCUCAGCAGUUUCAGCAGUGACGAGGCAGCCAUGGCCGUCAUCAUGAGCUUGCUGGAGACGGAUGUGAACAUGGGCCAAUCGGGGGACUUUGAGGAUUUACACUGGCCU